UCGGCUCCGUUUUCACUCCCUCAGGCUCGGCUAGUGAUCCGGUUUCCCACCUCUCAGAGACGCUAGCGGCACUGCCUCAGAGUCUGUCUUGUUGUGACCUACUGUGGGAGUCAUAGGAAGGACUCAGAGAGACCCAGGAAACCUAGAAAUGGACUCAGUGACCUUUGAGGAUGUGGCUGUGAACUUCACCCUGGAAGAAUGGGCUUUCCUGGAUCCUUCACAAAAGAAGCUGUAUAGAGAUGUGAUGCGGGAAACCUUGAGGAACCUGGUCUCAAUAGGAGAAAAAUGGGAAGAUCAUGACAUUGAAGAUCAGUACAAAAGUCAGGGGAGAAAAUUAAGAAGUCAUGUAGUAGAAAGACUCUGUGAAAGUAAAGAGGGUAGUCAGUGUGGAGAAAACUUCAGCAUUAUUCCAAACCUCAGUCUGAACAAGAAAACUAAUAGAAUGAAACCACGUGAAUGCAGUGUAUGUGGAAAAGUGUUUACACGUCAUUCAUCCCUUAAGAGACAUAUGAGUUAUCACACUGAACGUAAACCACCUGAGUAUCAGAAAUAUGGCGAGAAGCCAUAUAGAUGUAAAGAAUGUGGUAAAGCCUUUGGGUAUCUCCAAUUUUUAGAGACCCAUGAGAAAAAUCACAAUCGAGAGAAAAAAUAUAAAUGUGAGGAAUGUGGGAAAGCAUUCCAUUCCCGUGCAUCCUUUCAAGCACAUGAAAGAAUCCACACAGGAGAAAAACCCUAUGAAUGUAAGGAAUGUGGGGAGGCCUUCAUGUGGAGCACAGGGUUUCGAAGACACAUGGUAACACACACUGGAAAUGCUUCAUAUACAUGUAAGAAAUGUGGGAAAGCUUUUAAUUGUUCCUCUUCAUUGCGAACACAUGAAACAACCCACAGUGAAAAGAAACCCUAUCAGUGUAAGCAAUGUGGAAAAUUCCUUAGAUAUUAUCAUACUUUUAGAACACAUCAAAGGACUCACACUGGUGAGAAACCCUAUGAAUGUAAGCAGUGUGGUAAAGCCUUCAGUUGUCCUAGUUCUUUUCGGAAACAUGAAAGAAUUCAUACUGGGGAAAAGCCUUAUGAAUGUAAGGCAUGUGGGAGAACCUUCAGAGGUCUCUCAAGCCUUCGAGCACACAUGAUCACUCACACUGGCGAUGGCCCUUAUAAAUGUCAGGAAUGUGAGAGAGCCUUCAUUUCUCCUAGUUCCUUUCGAAUACAUCAAAGGAUUCACACUGGAGAGAAACCCUAUGAAUGUGAACAAUGUGGUAAAGCUUUCAAUUACUACAAUUCCUUACAGUCACACAGAAGAACUCAUACUGGAGAGAAGCCCUAUGAAUGCAAGGAAUGUGGGAAAACCCUCUCCCAUCAGCAAACCUUAAAAAUACACAUGCGGCUGCACACUGGAGAGAAACCCUAUGAAUGUAAACAAUGUGGUAAAGCCUUCAGAUAUUACCCUUCCUUUCACAAACACAAACGAAUUCAUACUGGAGGGAAACCCUUCGAAUGCAAACAAUGUGGUAAAGCCUUCAGUCAUCACAAUUCCUUACAGUCGCAUGGAAGAACUCACACUGGAGAGAAACCCUACAAAUGCAAGGAAUGUGGGAAAGCCCUCUCCCAUCACCAAACCUUGAGAGUACACAUGAGGCUGCACACUGGAGAGAAACCCUACGAAUGCUCACAGUGUGGUAGAGCUUUCAGAUAUUACACUUCCUUCCAAAAGCACAAACGAAUUCACACUGAGAAGAAAUUUUAUGAAUAAGGAAUACAGAGAAGCCUUUAGUCAACCAACUUCAGUUUGAAAAUGUUAAAGAAGCCACACUGGAGAGAAAGCCUAUCAGUGUAAACAAGAUAGGAAAACCUUAAGAUAUUUACAAAGUUUGCAAACACAUGAAAGGAUUCCCAUAGAAGAGAAACCUUGUAAACAAUGUGGGAAGUCCUACAAAAAUUAUACCUCCUUAGAAAUGCAUGAAAGAAUUCAUACUGAAGAGAAACCCUGUGACUGUAAGGGAUAUGGAAAAGCCUUCAGAUGUUACCAGAGGUUUUUAUUUAUUUUUGAUGACUUGAAAAAGAUCAGAGUGGAGGGAGUAUGGUAAAGCCUUCAUUUGUCACAAACCAUUUGAAGAGAGUGCACACGGGAAAGAUACUCUAUAAUGUAAAAAAAAGUCAGAAAACUUUCAGUCAUUCCAAUUCCAAAAGAAUGAAAGGGCUCACUGGACAAAAACUCCUGAGUUAAACAGUUUUGGAAAGAUUUCAAUGAGCCCACAUCUUUACAUGUAAAAACUCACAUUGGAAAGAAAUAUAAGUAAUAUGAGAAAGCUUGAUGAAAAUUAAUCUAUGUGUAAUCCUUCAGAAGAAAAAGUUGUUAUUAAAGUUGGAAAUACAUUGUGUUUAUCAA